UCGAAUCUAGUCUUCUCCGCUUCAUCGGACCUUCGGCAAGGUCCCAUUGUUUUCACCCGAAACACUUAGUAACCAUGCGGCCAUGAUCCAAUGCAUGGUAUUGACAUAGUAUAGUUGAAAAUCUGUUGUUUUUCUUGUUAGGGCCGGGGAUGACAUACUAGUAUGAGACAUGCGAUAAGUACGAUAUCAUCCGAGUUUCAACUAAGUUAUCGCUUUAAAGUCUUAAGAUAAACCGAUAAAAUACAAGUAUCUUUUGAUUUUAUUACUGUGUUCUUUUGCUACACAACAGGGGCGGAACUAGGGUGGGUUCAAGUGGGUUCAUUGAACCCACUGAUUUUUUGAAAAAAAUUUAAAUUUUUUUUUUUUAAAAAAAAAAAAAAAUCAAAAUAGGUUUAAAUAGAAUAUUUGUGUAUUAUAUGGCAACAAGUAAAGUUGUAGCCCAGUGGUUAUUUUUACCUCCCAUCACACAAGAGGUUGUGGGUUCAAAACCCAUAACUCACAUUUUUUUUUUUUAAUUUUGUUUCCUGAGCACUGAGCUUUCCUGCUUCGUGCUUCCAGAGUUCGCUUUCCUCUUCCUCAUUCAGUCAUUCCCCCAAAUUGCAAAACCCUAACUUCUUCCUCCAAUCCUCCUUCUCUUAAUCUCUUCCCGAGUUCCCGUUCUUCCUCCUUCAGUCCUUCUCUUCCCGUUCUUCCUCCUUCUCUUCCCGGCGCAGCACGGCAGCAGACUAGCAGAGUCAGCAGAACACGGCGGCAGCGGCAGGCCGGCAGCGCACCAGCCACUCACCCAGACCCAGCGUCCCAGCCUCACAGCCGUGUAUGGUGUAUCGGUGUAUGUAGGGCAGACUAGCAGCAUAUACCUAUUAUACCAUGAGUUUAGAGUCAUUUUGGAAACGUGCCGGGAAGUCACAAAAGUCUUCAACUUGUUCUUCACCUAGUUCAAGGGAUCCUCCAAUAGAAGAACAUGUGUCUCCUAAUGAUGAUGAGGUUCCUAUUGCUGCAACAAUUCCACCACCUGAGAACACUAAUACUACUGUUGACUCCGAUGAUACUCGCAUUUAUGAUGUUGAUCUUCUUCCACAUGACCCUGGAAAAAGAAUUCCAGUUAUGGAGUAUCCUCCUAAUGAUCGAGAUGCCGUAAGGAGAGGCUAUAUUACAAAGAAACAUUGUGAUCCACGCACACAUAAUUUUCCUCAAAGAAAAGUUGGAGGUAUGCGCCGUUUUAAUGUUACUUGGUUUGAUAAAUAUGAGUGGCUUGAAUAUAGUGUUGAGAAAGAUGCGGCUUUUUGUUUUGUGUGCUAUUUGUUCACUGAUAAAGUUGAUUAUUCUUUGGCUGUUAAUGAUUCCUUUAUUAAAGGGGGAUUUAGAGGAUGGAAUAAGACUGGUAGAUUUGAUGUUCAUGUGGGUGGUAUUGGUAGUUUCCAUAAUCAGGCUAAUGAGAAAUAUAGUAUGUUUAUCAACCCAAAGACAUCAGUUGCUGAAUCUCUUUGCACUUAUUCUAAGGAAGCUAAACUACAAUACAAAUCUCGCUUGACUUAUUCAUUGAAAUGUAUUAGAUUUCUUUUAAAUCAAGGUUUAGCUUGUCGUGGGCAUAAUGAAAGUGAAGAAUCUUGGAAUAGGGGUAAUUUUCUUGCACUCUUAACAUGGUUUUCAGAAAAUAAUAGUGAGGUAGCAAAGGUUGUUCUAGGUAAUGCCCCGGGAAAUAAUCGAAUGACUAGUCCUUUAAUUCAAAAAGAACUUAUUAAUUGUUGUGCCAAAGAAACCACUAGACUUCUUAUUGAUGAUAUUGGGGAUGACUAUUUUGGAAUACUGGCUGAUGAAUCUAGUGAUGUAUCUCAAAAGGAACAAAUGGCCCUUUGCUUGCGUUAUGUCAAUAAUAAAGGGAAGAUAAAUGAGAGGUUUCUUGGAAUUGUACAUGUUAAGGAUACUACUGCUUUGUCACUAAAGAGUGCAAUUGAGUCUUUGCUUAUGGAAUAUUCAUUGAGUUUGUCUAGAGUUCGUGGACAAGGUUAUGACGGUGCUAGUAAUAUGAGGGGGGAGAUAAAUGGUCUCAAGACUUUGAUCAUGAAUGAAACAAAACAAGCCUAUUAUAUUCAUUGUUUUGCUCACCAACUUCAAUUAACCCUUGUUGCUGUUGCUAAGGAUAAUGAUGAUUGUAUUUGGUUGUUUGAUCAACUUGCUAUUUUGUUGAAUAUUAUUGGUGUUUCUUGUAAGCGAAGGGAAAUGAUAAGAGAAAUACAAUCUCAACAUAUUCUACAAGCAUUAGAACUAGGAGAAAUUGAAAGUGGGCAAGGUUUAAACCAAGAACAUGGCUUAGGUAGGCCUGGUGAUACUAGGUGGGGAUCACAUUACAAAACUGUUUCAAAUGUUACCGCAUUGUAUGCUACUAUUGUUAAAGUUCUUGAGAAGAUUGGAUCAAAUAAGAUUUAUAAGGAUGAUCGCGUGAAGGCUAUCACUGUCAUGUCUACAUUUGAAUCAUUUGAAUUUGUAUUUAUGAUACAUUUGAUGUCCGAAAUAUUUGGGAUUACUGAUAAAUUGUGUCAAGCUCUGCAAAAGGGGGACCAAGAUAUUGUUAAUGCCAUGACAUAUGUUAAAUUGACUAAGGAGGGAUUACAACAAAUGAGGGACCAUGGGUGGGAAGACUUUUUACAUCUUGUGGUUUGUUUUUGUGUUAAACAUGAUGUAGAAGUUCCUACUAUGGAUGAUAUGUAUGUUCCUCGUGGAAGGUCAAGACGCUUCUUUUCCAAAGUUUCAAAUCUUCAUCGAUUUCGGGUAGAAAUGUUUAUAAGUGUUAUUGAUUUACAACUCCAAGAGCUCAAUAGUAGAUUUGAUGAAGAAAAUAUGGAGUUACUUAUUUGUGUGUCAUGCUUAAACCCGAUCAAUUCAUUUGCGGCAUUUGAUAUGCAAAAGUUGUUGAGACUUGCUGAGUUAUAUCCCAAAGAGUUUCCAACUAAUGAUAUGACGAUGACUGCACUUCGUCAUGAGCUUCAAUUUUAUAUUAAUGAUGUGCGCCAAGAUGCAAGGUUUGGAGACUUGAAGGGUAUUCAUGAGCUUUCUAUGAUGCUUGUUGAAACAAAUAAGCAUACUACUUACAACUUAGUUUACUUGCUUAUAAGACUAGCAUUGAUCCUUCCGGUUGCAACUGCAAGCGUGGAACGAGUGUUUUCCUCAAUGACAUACGUAAAAAAUAAGUUGCGAAAUAGUAUGGGUGAUCAACUAUUGAAUGAUAAUUUAGUCACUUUUCUUGAAAGAGAUUUAUUUUCAAGAGUUAGUGAUGAUGAUGUAUUGGAACGCUUCCAAAGUAUGAAGACUCGAAGAAUGCUUCUGUAG